CAUGGUGGAUGCUCUGGGAGUUGUUCUUGGCAGCAGUCUGACGGUGAUGAUUGGAGCCACUGCGCUUUACAUCCUAAUACGCUGGUACCAGAGCGGACGCUGCUGUCAAGAGACAAGCUUUGUUUUUAACCUAUAUAACAUCAGGCAUCUGAAAUCAUCAGAUUUGGAGCUAGCCCCUCCAUUCACAGUCAGUGGCUCUAUUCAAACCCCAUGUCCAAUGUCUAGAUACCAUUACUCCCAUUUCCAGGACAGCGAGGCAUGACGUAGCAAGUGAAAGAAGACAAGGGUGACCAUGAAGAUAAAGAUCCAAACCAAAACCUGAAGACAGACAUUUUU